AUGCGACGUGACGACGUAGACGGUGAGGUGGCUGCAGGGGCCGCAACGCGACAAAGUCAACUGAGGCGGGCGUGUCGUGACGCUGGUGCCGCGGCAGCGGCUCGGGCAGCGUUGCGUGCCACUCGUUCGCGUGCUCGUUCGCAGCGCGGCAUACUGGGGAAACCUCGGGACCUUCGGGAAGCGCGUUCGUCGAAUGCGAACGAUAGGUCACGGCUGCUGGGUUGCCAGACGCACGAGCGCGCCCCAGGGGCCCAUGCACGCUCGGUUUCGUCUGUCCAGUGCAGACCAGCUGGAGCGGAAAACGAACCACCGGCAAGCGGAGGCGCCUGUCCGGAAGCGUCGAUUUCGGCAGCCGUCGAAGCGGCGCGUGCAAAAUUCCAUCUCUGGUAUCACUUGCUCGUACUUGGCGGCUUUUCGGUAUUACUUCAUGGCGAAGGAAGCAAAUUUGCUGUCUUGGAAGCAUUCGCAGCUGACUUGGUGAAGAGAAACGCUGUUGAUGCACCGAACAUCGCCUCCGCUGUGCUGGUUGUGAACGGAUUCAAUCCAUUCGUCCAGGUGCGUGCGCUGGUCCAGGAAAUUGCCGAUGCAGCUGGAGCGCGGCGGUUAUCGCCUCACUCUAGGAAGCACGAGCACGAGCAUGAGCCGCACGCGAGACGGGGGCGUCCGCUGGCGGCGCAGUUGCGAAUGCUCGGCGAGUUGUACAAGGCGGAAGCACCGCGGAGGCUUUUCCUCGUGGUCCACAACAUCGAUGGGCAGACCUUGUCCACCACCGAGACACAGACGUUGCUGGCGAACCUUGCCUCGCAGCCUCGCGUUCAUCUAAUCGCCUCCAUAGAUCGAAUGGAGGUGACAAUUCUGUGGCCUGUAGGAUCAUGUUACGAACGAUUCCAAUGGAUUUGGCAGCAUUGCCCAACGCAUUUGCCCCAUGUCGUGGAGACCGGAGGCCAUGCCGAAAGUGCCAAGACCCUGUCGGCGGAGCAGCUCGUUCGCGGCGCUAUCAUGCUUCUUACUGGAUUAACGCCCAAUGCCCGACGCAUUUUUCAGUUGCUGGCGCAGAUGCAGCUCGAGUCUGCCGCCAGUGCGGAAGAUCGCACGAGAGGCGACCGAGUGAAACAAGGCAUCUCGUUCUCAGAUUUUUACCGCAUUUGCCGUUCAAAGUUUUUCGUGAGCAAUGCCAACUCCCUGCAGGCAAUUCUUCGGGAACUCGAAGACCACAAUCUAUUGGAGUCUGCAGUCCCGGGUUGGCGAACCGGGGCCUCGGGCCUUGAGAACAGCCGAAGUAUUCCCGAUUGCUUGAGAAUUCCGCUGCCAUCCGCACAGAUACGAGAGGUAUUGCGCGAACUCCAUGCAGAUCCGCAUCGAUAA